AUGGCGGCUCUUGACAUUUCGAAACCUAUUGCUUUCUGCGAGCACCUUCAACUUUCGAGCCUUGGUGUUCAGCCCGCUUCUAUCUCUUUCCAGACAUUGACACUCGAAUCUGAUCAUUUCAUUUGCGUUCGCGAAAAAGUCAACGAACAAAACCAAGUGGUCAUCAUCGACCUUUCAGAUGCUAACAAUGUUAUGCGUCGUCCUAUCUCUGCGGACUCAGCUAUCAUGCAUCCACGGCAGAAAAUUCUUGCUCUCAAAGCUGGUCGGACAUUGCAGAUUUUCAACAUAGAGACCAAGCAGAAGGUCAAAUCUCAUAACAAUAAUGAAGACAUUGUUUUCUGGAAAUGGGUUUCCGACAACACCAUUGGAAUGGUUACUGAAUCAUCCGUCUACCACUGGUCAAUAACGGAUCAAACUUCCCCCCCACAGAAAAUCUUCGACCGACACGCUACUCUCGCAGGGACCCAAAUUAUCAACUAUCGUGUAUCUUCGGAUGAAAAGUGGCUGGUCUUGAUUGGAAUUUCCGGAAAUUCUACCAAUCCCUCGGCGUUCAAAGUUAAAGGGUCAAUGCAGCUUUACAGUAGGGAUCGGGGCGUGAGCCAACCUAUCGAGGGUCAUGCUGCUGCAUUUGCGGAGGUCAAGCUGGACGGAAAUCAGCACGUCACGAAACUGUUUACUUUUGCAGUUCGUACAGCUACAGGUGCUAAACUUCACGUCGUUCAAAUAGACCAUGCUGCUCCAGACCCGCCGUUUGUCAAGAAGGCAGUAGACGUGUACUUCCCUGCUGAAGCCACGAAUGAUUUCCCCGUAUCAAUGCAGGUGUCCAAGAAACACGGUAUCGUUUAUCUGGUCACUAAAUAUGGUUUCAUUCAUCUUUACGACCUCGAAUCUGGCGCUUGUGUCUACAUGAACCGUAUCUCGGGCGAGACUAUUUUCGUGACCGCCGAACACGAAGCUACGAACGGUAUCAUUGGCGUGAACAAGAAGGGACAGGUGUUGAGUGUCAACGUGGACGACCAAACUAUUGUCCCUUAUGUCCUGACUACGCUCAACAAUACCGAGUUGGCUUUCAAGCUCGCUAGUCGAGCUAAUCUCCCCGGUGCCGAUGACUUGUAUAUCAAGCAGUAUCAGUCGUUGUUCCAGAGUGGUCAGUAUGGCGAGGCUGCGAAAAUUGCUGCGAAUUCUCCCAGGGGAAUCCUUCGUACUACGCAAGUCAUCGAAUCUUUCAAAUCAGCGCCUACUCCACCUGGCGGACUUUCUCCUAUUCUGCAAUACUUUGGUAUUCUGCUUGAAAAGGGGGAAUUGAAUCAUCUCGAGUCUUUGGAGCUUGCCCGUCCAGUUCUGCAACAAGGCCGGAAACAACUUUUAGAGAAGUGGCUGAAGGAAAACAAGUUGACAUGUAGCGAGGAACUUGGUGAUGUCGUACGACUACACGACAUGACCCUUGCGUUGAGCGUUUACCUUCGCGCCAACGUCCCCAAUAAGGUUAUUGCUUGCUUUGCGGAGACAGGACAAAUUGAGAAGAUUGUUUUGUAUGCGAAGAAGGUUGGGUACAGUCCCGAUUACGUUGCUCUCUUACAACAUGUCAUGCGCGUCAAUCCCGAGAAAGGUGCAGAAUUUGCGUCGCAGCUGGUUAACGACGAGAUGGGUCCUUUGGUUGACGUGGAACGAGUGGUUGACAUCUUCAUGUCUCAAAACAUGAUCCAACCUGCCACGUCUUUCUUACUUGAUGCGCUGAAAGAUAACAAACCCGAACAAGGGCCACUGCAGACGCGUCUGCUCGAGAUGAACCUUAUGCAUGCUCCGCAAGUUGCUGACGCCAUUCUCGGGAACGAAAUGUUCACUCAUUAUGAUCGUCCACGUAUUGCAAACCUUUGUGAAAAGGCUGGAUUGAUGCAGAGAGCCCUCGAGCAUUAUGAAGACCUCGCGGACAUUAAACGUGUCAUUGUCCAUGCCACUACGUUCCCGGUCGAUUGGCUCCUUAACUAUUUUAGUCGUUUGACUACGGACCAGUCGAUGGGCUGCUUACAGGAAAUGCUUCGUGUGAAUAUGCGACAGAAUCUCCAGGUCGUCAUCCAAGUCGCCACCAAAUACUCUGAUAUCCUUGGCCCUGUCAAGUUGAUUGAAUUGUUCGAGAAUUUCAAGACGUUCGAGGGUCUUUAUUACUACCUCGGCGCUAUCGUCAAUCUUAGCACUGACCCUGAGGUGCAUUUCAAGUAUAUCCAGGCCGCGACUAGAACUGGUCAAAUUCGCGAAGUCGAGCGGAUCUGUAGAGAGAGCAACUAUUAUAACCCCGAGAAAGUGAAGAAUUUCCUGAAGGAAGCAAAACUUUCCGAUCAGCUUCCUCUCAUCAUUGUCUGUGAUCGGUUCGAUUUUGUCCAUGACCUCGUUCUCUACCUGUAUCAGAACAACCUCAUCAAAUUCAUCGAGGUGUAUGUUCAAAGGGUGAACUCAAUUCGUACUCCCCAAGUUGUAGGUGGUUUGCUGGAUGUUGAUUGCGAUGAAGCCACCAUCAAAACUCUUCUUUCUUCUGUUACUGGCAACUUCCCCAUCGACGAGCUUGUGCACGAGGUUGAGCAGCGCAAUCGUCUCAAGUUGAUACUUCCUUGGCUCGAGGCCCGGGUCCAGUCUGGUAGCCAGGAUCCAGCUGUUUACAAUGCAAUGGCCAAAAUUUACAUUGACAGCAACAACAACCCUGAGACGUUCUUGAAAGAUAAUAACCUUUACGAACCUCUUGUUGUCGGAAAGUUCUGUGAAAAGCGGGAUCCCUACCUUGCCUAUAUCGCAUACGCGAAAGGGUUUUGUGAUGAGGAGUUGAUCGCCAUAACCAAUGACAAUUCGAUGUUUAAGCAGCAGGCGCGCUACCUCGUGAAGCGUCGUCAGCCGGAGCUUUGGGCACAAGUCUUAGUUUCUGACAAUAUUCACCGGCGUGCGCUGAUUGAUCAAAUCGUCGCCACCGCUUUACCUGAGUCUACCGAUCCCGACGACGUAUCGGUAACUGUCAAGGCCUUCCUGACUGCUGACCUCCCGAUCGAGCUCAUCGAGUUGCUGGAGAAGAUCAUCAUCGAACCAUCUCCAUUCAGCGAGAACAAGAAUCUACAAAAUCUGCUUCUCUUGACUGCUAUUCGGGCAGAUAAGGGUAAAGUUGUUGGCUACAUUAACAAGCUCCAAAACUACGACUACAUGGAAAUUGCUAAGAUUGCAACCGAGCAUGGUUUAUUUGAGGAGGCUCUCACAAUAUACAAAAAGUACGACCAGCACGCCAUGGCUAUGACAGUCCUCGUCGAACACAUAGUAUCUUUGGACCGCGGCGUUGAGUAUGCGAACAAGGUCAACCAGCCCGAAGUUUGGAGCAGACUUGCCAAGGCGCAACUGGAUGGUCUUCGUAUCAAGGAAUCAAUUGACUCCUACAUAAAAGCUGAAGAUCCUUCCAAUUUCAUCGAGGUCAUCGAAAUCGCUGAUCGUGCAGGGAAACAUGACGACCUCGUCCGCUACUUACAGAUGGCCAGAAAGUCACUCCGUGAACCGAAGAUCGAUACGGAACUUGCAUUCGCUUAUGCAAGGACGGAUCGUCUACACGACAUGGAAGACUUUUUGAGCAUGACCAAUGUCGCAGAUAUUCUGGAAGUUGGAGAGCGGUGUUUCGAAGUCGAGCUGUAUCAGGCUGCCAAGUUGCUCUUCCAGAGCAUCUCUAAUUGGGCUCGGCUCGCGACCACUCUUAUCUAUCUUGGUGAAAAUCAGGCAGCAGUCGAAAGUGCCCGAAAGGCUGGUAACACACAAGUCUGGAAGCAGGUUCAUGCCGCUUGUAUUGAGAAGCAGGAAUUCCGUUUGGCACAAAUUUGUGGCCUCAAUAUCAUUGUGCAUGCAGAAGAGCUCGGUGCCCUGGUCACUAUGUAUGAGCGUCGUGGCUACUUUGAGGAAAUUAUCAGCCUGUUAGAAGCAGGUUUAAGUUUGGAACGUGCGCACAUGGGCAUCUUCACUGAACUCGCUAUUCUCCUCAGCAAGUAUAAACCCGCCAAACUCAUGGAGCACCUUCGGCUAUUUGUUGCACGUAUCAAUAUUCCCAAGGUGAUCAGAGCGGUAGAGAAGGCACAUCUUUGGCCUGAGUUGGUCUUCUUGUACAUCAAGUACGACGAAUUUGACAACGCUUCUCUGGCCAUGAUUGAGCGUUCGGCUGAUGCUUGGGAACACAAUCAAUUCAAAGACACCAUUGUUCGUGCUGCAAACGUUGAAAUAUACUAUAAGGCUUUGUCGUUCUACCUUCAGGAGCAGCCAACGUUGCUCACGGACUUGCUUACUGUGCUGAUCCCCCGUAUUGACCAUUCUCGUGUCGUCUCCAUGUUCCGCAAGAUGGAUCACAUUCCCCUCAUAAGAUCAUAUCUCAUUGCUGUUCAACACCUCAACAUCGAAGCAGUAAAUGACGCGUACAAUGACUUGUUGAUUGAAGAAGAGGACUACAAGACCUUGCGGGACAGUAUUGACAGCUUUGACAACUUUAACAAUGUCGCUCUCGCUCGACGAUUAGAGAAACACGAACUAUUAGAGUUCCGCCGACUGGCUGCACAUUUGUACAAGAAAAACAAACGCUGGGAAGAAUCAAUAUCACUUUCUAAGCAAGACAAAUUGUACAAAGACGCUAUGAUUACUGCUGCAACUUCUGCCACACAUGAGGUUGCCGAAGAACUACUAGGAUACUUUGUGGACAUUGGUAACAAAGAGUGCUUCGCAGCAAUGCUCUAUGUUUGUUUCGAUCUACUCAGCCAAGAUGUCGUGGAGGAACUAUCCUGGCAGCACGGAUUGAACGACUUUUAUAUGCCUUACAAGAUCCAAAACUCAAGAACCCUUGUUGAAAAGAUACGCCAGCUGGAGAAGGAGGUGAAAGACUAUUCAAAGAAGGAGUCAGCGAAGGAAAAGGCGGAGUCUGAGGCACCUAUCAUCAACCCAGGUUGUUCUAUGUUACAUAGAUAUGUGGGGCAGGCCCCUCCCAUGAAUGGAAUGGUACCGGCAAUGACUGGGUUCGGCAGUGGGAUGUUCUGA